GCCCCUCGAGUGAGCGCCUGGGCGCGGAGGUCCCCUCCCUCCUCGCUCGGAGUCUGCCAGCUCCCGCUCGCUCCCUGCCCACUCCCGGGGGGCCGUUCCGUGGCGCGGCCGCCGCGGCCACCGCUUCUUUCACACUUUAGUUGCGAGCCGCGCGCCGCGCUCAGUGACUGGAGAGAGCUGGCCGCACGCCGCCUUCCCGCACGCACGCACGCGGGCCCGGCUCCGGGGUUUUCUGCUUUUACUCUAGGCGGCGGGGAGGAGGGGGGAGCCCCGGCCACACUGUAGGGAGGAGGAGGAGGAGGAAGACGUGGAGGAGGGAGGAAAAGAAGAAGCGCGGAGGCCAGGGGCGGGGGUUGGGGGGCUUGCCCUCUUCAGCCCCCCCCCGCGAGCGCCCAAGGUGCACACACAGUUACCAGCACAGCCUCAAGGUGGAUUUCCUGUGUGCUUGAAGAGAGAGAAAGCAAUGUCCCGGUGUCUGUAGAGAUGAUUUGCAGUUCAGCCCAGCUGAAGCUGACCGAAUGAGCUAUGGGCUGUGCCUCUGCCAAGCAUGUCGCUACUGUUCAAAAUGAAGAGGAAGCACAGAAAGGGAAGAGCUACCAGAACGGGGAUGUGUUUGGCGAUGAGUAUAGGAUCAAACCCGUGGAAGAGGUCAAAUACAUGAAAAACGGGGCAGAAGAGGAGCAGAAAAUAGCAGCCAGGAACCAAGAAAACCUGGAAAAAAGUGCCAGCUCGAACACCAGGCUUAAAACCAAUAAAGAAAUCCCUGGAUUAGUCCAUCAACCCAGAGCAAACAUGCACAUCUCUGAAAGCCAACAAGAAUUCUUCAGAAUGCUGGAUGAAAAAAUUGAAAAGGGUCGGGAUUACUGUUCUGAAGAAGAGGAUAUCACAUAGCAUCGAUUCUCCCAGUCAGACCAGGAGCUACUACUGUGUAAAUAGGUUACACCCCAGUUGAAACCUUUGCCAAGGUCGGUUCUCUUCACUGAACAGCACUAUAGCAAAUGAAGACUGUUCCAUAUCCUAUGCCCUAUUAAAUUACAGUGUUUCUUAAUGAACCUGCAAAGGAAUAUCGCUAAACACAAACACACACACACAUACAAAAAAAAAAAAAACUGUUCUGGAACUUUCUUUGUUGCUGCUAGUUAAAACUUGUUGCAACUUUUCACUCCUCUCGUGUCCAAGUAUGCAGCAAAAUUCUGCAGUUCACCGUAAAGAUGCUAUUGGUUUCACGAUGCUCUCUAGCCUGUUUUCUCUAUGAUGGGGUAGAGGUGAACUCUGAUACAGAUGUCAGUUCUAGCCUGGUUCUGCUUUGAUACCAAGCAUCCCCUUCCCUCCUUCUCUUUAUCCAUCUCUUUCGAGUGGUCCAGAGAUGGCCUGAGCCUUGCUUCUCACUGAUAACGUGGGCCUUUGGACAUGGGAUGGUGGCCAUGGGUGAGCCUAGUUUCUCUGUUCAAAAGUAGAAUUGAUUGAAAGCAUGUUGUGACCUGACUCCCAGAAGUGACAAAGGAACGAGCGAGCGAGCGAGCUGUAGGUUGUUCCACUUACUAGGACUCUUAGUGCAGGAUUAAGCUUGUAGCAUUGGCUUUUGCUCAGAUGCAAAUGGAAGUGUGACCACGUGACCACAAUCAUUUCCAACCCCUCCCUCCUCACUUUUUUUUUCUAAGAAAUAAACAUUUUGCUGUUUUUAUGUAUCCUUGUCUUCUCCCAUUCAUCCAGUUCAGCAUUUUAAGAUGACCCUAGGUGUGGAAGCUAAGUCCUCCUUCACAGUGACACUGAUGAUUGGCCUAAAUGGCUCCCCACCCUUCUGGUGACAUCUACCAUGGUUUGGAAGGGCUGUGAGUGGUCAGAGGAGAUGAGGGGACAAACCCCGUGACUUCUUUGAGGGCUGGAAACCACCGUUAACCUUUCACUCUGUGCUAUUAAAACACACUGUUUUCUGAUUUCCCCCUUCAAUAUGUUAUGUGAGUCUUGCCCCUUCAUUUGUUUCUGUUUCCAGCUCUGGUAGUGUGGCUAAAAUAUGUCUGCCUACUAGAAAACAUAGGACAUUCACACUGGUGGUGUUACUUGGAGAUGUGAAAGCCAAAAGCCCCUGGUGGUGGGGAGUGUUGACUCUGUGUUCAGUAGAGUUUAUUUUUCCAUACUAUAUGAAGAGAGCGAUCUCUUCUCAAAGACAGAAGUAAUAUUUUUAACAAAUAUUGUCACAAGUAAAUAGCAAUCAAAAGGAGAAAAAUAACUUUUGUAUUUUUUUAAUCGUGUUUGAUAGCUUUGAUGAGGGUUCUCUUUGUUACUUUCAGGGGAGGGCACCCUAUUAAAUGCCACGUCAGCAGUCCAGGGUUGGGCUUGUCCUACACACACACACACACACACACACACACACACACACACACACACUGAGAGGAAUGCUGUGUUUUUCUCUCUGAGGGUUGUGAAUUUCAAGGGUCUCACUAUCAGCUGCUUGCCACCUUGAAAGGUGGAAUAGUUACAAGAGAGACAGUUAAGAUGUUUCUAAUUGUCUGCCACAGACUAGGAUAGGAAGCUAAAUUCGUUCUUACCAAAAUGAGCCUUGACUUUCAAAGCUGUCCACAAAAUGGCAAGAUUCUUCAUCUCCUGUCAGACCCAAGGCAGCAAAAGGGAGGGGGGGAAAUGCAGCCGAGUGCUAUAGGAAACGGACUCGGGUGUUAGCAACAAAAUCCCAUAAUUCGUGCACCCGGCAGCAGCUAUUUUGGGGAUCAGCUGUGGCUGUUACAUAAAUAGAGUUUCAGCCAAAAGCUAAGGCUUUUUAUCCAGCUUCAAGCAGAAAAAUGCAGGGAGAGCCGGGCAGUCUAGGGUUUUAAGUUCCCUCCCCCUUGUAUGUUUUUUUGGCCAAAGGACGAAAAUAGUUUUCCUCAACUGUAAAUGAACUGCUAAACCCCACCUCAACCCUGUUCACUAGAGACUUUGUUCACUGUUCUCUGGAUGGCCUUUUCUGGGAUCUCAUGUUCUUAUCAAGCAAGAAUGAAGUGAAUGUUCACGUCUUCCAUUUGAUUCCUCUACUUGGUGUCUAAGACAGUGUCUUCUCAAAAGACCAACUCCCUGUACCUGAAGAUGAGACACCCAUGUCCUUUUCCUCAGCCACAGUUAGCAUUUUGGAUGUCACUCAUGUCUCCUGGGAACCUCAUUUUUGAGUGUUAAUGAACCCCUAAGUGCUGUUUAGGAAACAGCGGUUUUCCACGGUUCUCUCUCCCAUGUUUCACGAGGAUACCUUGCUGUACAAAAGCGAUUCUGUCUUCAGACUCGUGUUUGGUUACCUCCAGAAAUAGGUCCAAGAAAUGGGAUGGUUGACUGGGUUGGCAUGAAAUGCUUGACUGUGCUAGCAACACUCAAAACUGUCUGUUUUCCAUUUGUUGGUUUGAAUCAUAAAAUUGUCAAGUGAUUUGUGUUUGUACUUUAUUUUUCUAUAUCUUCUGGAAGGAUCUAAAUUAAAAAUAUGUGCACCUCCCCCAUACCAGAACAUUAAGCAGAUUGUCUCAGGUAUAGUGAAAAGAAUUACCCAGUAGAGACGGUGGAACAUCUUGCUAGUUGUCCUGUCUGUAGGUCUUGGGAGUUGGGAGGAGGGAGGAAGGGAGGAAAAUGGCCUGGAGAAACCAGGAAAUAAAUGGUGAAAAAUGGACAGAGGCUAUUGGUAGAGCUUCUAGUGGCUGUGAGCUUCGGCAGUUGGUCUCGUGGCCAGUGGGUGGAGUGGGCCUGCUCGUGACAUGUGUAGUUGGAUUGCGCACGGCUCAUGUCCUCCAUGUUGUAGAGUUGUAAAGGUUCAGCAGUGUGUGCGCGGCUUUCUUUUGCUUGGCAGAGAUUCAGGACCAUGGAGUACUGCUCUCAUAAUUGAAUACGUGUUUCUUACUGGCAGACAAACUCAAAAGAGACUUUUUACCUCUACGAGGCCUCCUAGCCCCAGGCUUAAGCAGGAGCAUAGAGUGACAUUAUGGUCUAUUUAGGAACAAAGACGCUACAAAGUCCAGUAAUGAGAAAACUAGGUCAGCCCCGAGAAACAGCCACACAGUGGCAGGUCUCUCCCUGUCUGCUGGGCCCAGCGUCUGAAGCUGGCCUUUGAUGACUCAAGUAAGAAAUACGUGCCCCAGGAAUAGCCUUGGUUCUCAGCUCCCAGGCGCCUGCCUGUUCCUGCACUCCAGAGUUGCUCUGUGUCUUGGGUGUUCCCAGGCAUGAAAGUGGCCAUGCCAGAGAGAUGACAGCCCAGCUUCACACUUGACCCAGUUGAUGCCUCCAACCUUAAGUUAUAACUUCAUCCUCCAUACAACUCCACCACCUCAUUUUUUUUCUCUCCGAGCGGAAGUUCUAUAACCCUGUUGAAACAGAUUACACCACCCCUGCGUUUCACCGCAGUUGCCUACAGUGCAGUUUGGUGUAGUGAUAAGUCCUGUUUAGAUUCUGGGUGAGAAUUUAAAAGUUGCCCCAUCUCUACUGGUCCUAAGAAAAGAAACUUCAUUAAACAUGUUUGUUUUGUAGUAAGAGAGAAGAGCACCUUCUUAAUGUGGGAAAAAUAGGAAGAAUACAGACUGUUUUCAUUAUAAAAGACAAAACAACUGGUAUUGAAAUUCUCUCCCUUAAGCAGGGGAUGGGGCAGUAUCACACUCUUCCUUCCUGGCUUUUUCCACCAGAAAGCUAUCUCUGAGCUAUAUUUCUUUUUACCGCUUUAGAAAUUAAUCUUUUUGUUAAGUUGCUUAUAACUCCAGUAGAAAAAUAAGGCAUGGUUGGUGGGUAGGGACUGUGUAUUUAAAAAGACAUAAUGAAAUGGUAGUCAGAAGCAGGGGCUUCAAGAUGUCAUGGUUGGAUUGGCAGUCCCCAGGGUCCCCUGCAGAGCUCUGUGAGCCCUCUACAGAUGCUCGGGAUACACCGUUGGAAUUCCUUGAAUGAGGUCUGUGGACCUCCUUUUGCAGACAGAUGGAUGGAUGAUUCUUCUAUCUGUGAGGAAGGCACCUUGAUUUCCACAGUCACCUUUUCUAUUAUAAUAUCUUCAA